AUGAGUAUUUUGAUGAUGAUCAUUAUUUUUUUUCCUCUCGUUAUUUGGUGUGUAAUGGAUUUUGCUAUUUUCCCGCUUUUUUGUGACGUGUACUUUCUCCUUUUCAUUGCUGCCUCCUCCCCUUUAUUCUGCGCACAAAUAACAACGGUGAAGAAGAGCAUCGACUCCUUUGAGCAAGCACAAGUUUUUCUUUCAAACCAGUGUACGAGAAUUAUGCAGCCCCAAACACCCACAUUUUCCGACGCGCGCUCAGACAACAGCGUUGGUUUCAACACCAACCCCCGCUAUGGCCGAAGGGGUGUGGACUACAGCAAGUUCCGGACGCGGGUGUGCCGUAACUAUUCAAUGGGGAUCACUUGUCCAUUUGGUGAGCGCUGCGCAUUUUCGCACGGUGAGCCCGACAAAUCUCAUGUGCGCACGGAGGAAGCCGAACUGCCGCCACCGCCACCAUACCCCGAAGGCGUCCAGGCGGAAAUCAUGCUGCCACCUGCCUACCCCUCACGAUUCCGCCACGAUCCGUACAGCUUCAAUGGAGUGUUGUUCGAAAACUGA